UUUUUUUACUUUAUUAUCAUGUCUACUACUGGGGCUGGUACCCUUAUAUCCCAAGAAUUAACUCCAAAAGAUAUCAAGAGACACAGCAAGUCUCUCGACCUUCAGUCUAACCCACGUAUUCGACAUCUGCAUACUCGAUCUGCUUCUGAGAGUGACGGACUUGAGCUUAUGAUAGCAGCUGAACAAAAGAUAUCAGAACCAAAAACAAGAAAUAGCUCUGUAUUUUCACUCUAUAAAAAGUUUGGUCGUUCUCAGAGCAUUCAUUCAACUCAUGAUAUAACCAAAACUAAAUCAAGAGCUUCUAUCGGCUUUGCUUUCUCUAAUUUUCGUCAAACGAGUCAAAAGAAACAACAUCGAUUUAGUACACCUAUCAACAGUCCAGGUAACAACAACGGCUUCUUGAAAUCAAAACUAAAUAAACGUAGAUGUUACUAUUGUAGUAAAUCCUUGGUCAACAAUUGAAGAAGAAACAAAAAGAAUGACGCCACCCAUACAUCUGCUGGAACAGACGGGGGAAUCAAAACGCUCUUUACCCUCUAGUUUACAGCAAGAAAUCAAUCAAUUCUCAAUUGAUGGUUUUGCUAGAAGAUACUUUGCUACUCAUAAAAGAGGCUUGUUUAGAAGAACAGUACCUAUGGAUGUAUUACUCUGUUGGACAAAAGAUUCUAUUAAACAACCACUUUUAUUACCUAACAAGCCAUUCUCUAAAGAAGCCAUCAAGUGUUUCAAGUUACUACAAAUGCUAAUGAAUGAUAGGCAGCGACCUCGUCAUUUCCAGUUUAUCGAAAGCCUUCAAUAUCUUUUGAAUUGUGGCAUUACUAAAGGACAAAUGCGUGAUGAAAUCUAUGUUCAAAUCUGCAGACAACUCAACAAAAACCCAAGAGAUGCAAGUAUAAGAAAAGGCUGGGAAAUUCUUUGUGUCGUUAGUAUUACAUUUCCACCCUCAAAAAACUUGGAGUCCUAUCUAUUUGAGUUUGUUAGACAACACCAUGCAACAAAAGCCAAUGGACUCAAUGUACUAAGCCAGUAUGUGACCCAUAAACUGACUUGUAUCUGCAGUCGAGGUGCAAGAGGCAAAGUGCUCGCUGCAGCAGAAAUUGAACGUGCCAUGGAAGCACCUUUCAAGCCCUCUGUCUUUAAUGAAUCACUUGAUAUGAUCAUGGACAUUCAACAAGAUACUGUUCUCAAGAUACCCAAGAUUAUCCCCUUUCUAACCAAUGCUGUGCAUGAAUUAAAAGGAUCCACAACAGAAGGGAUUUUCCGUAUUCCUGGUGAUGCAGACGAUGUCACUGACUUGCGUAUUCGUAUCGAAAAUGGCAAUUAUGAUUCGACUGGUAUUCAAGAUCCCAAUGUGCCUGCUUCUCUUUUAAAGUAUUGGCUACGUGAUUUGGCUGAGCCAUUGAUCCCCACUGAACUAUACCAGGGCUGUAUCCAAUAUGCCGAAGAUAAACAUAAAUGCUUGGAAAUUGUGAAUUCAUUGCCUGAUACUAAUAGGCGCAUUGUGCUCUACAUGAUUCGAUUCCUGCAGGAUUUUAUUGAUCCACAAGUCACUCAACAUACUUUAAUGAACGUAUUCAAUUUGGCCAUGGUUUUUGCGCCCAAUUUUCUUCGAUGUCCUUCUACUAACUUGGCUACCAUCUUUGAAAACUCCAAAUAUGAACAAAUUUUUCUUCGAACCUUAAUUGCGGAAUUAAGUGUAGAAAAGGAUGCCUGUGCUUAUAGUGAAAAUCAAGUGUUUGGUAAAAUAAAAUAAUGUAGCACACCUUUUUUUUUCUCGUUGGACAAGAAGCUUUUUUAUUCGUUAUUAAACUAUACACAU